AUGGAAGUCAUACUUGCCUACGUGGAUGAAUUUAGACACAUGAAAUUUAGAAAGGUAUAUAGAGACAUGAUAAUUAUGCAGAAAAUAUUACAAUUAGUGUCAUUAGCAAUAGUCAUAGGAUCGGCAUUGUCAAUUUGGAAAAUUUUAUAAGUCGUGUCACAUUCAGAGUGCCCAGUGGUUGUUGUUUUAUCUGAUUCAAUGGCGUCUGGAUAUAAUAGAGGGGAUAUACUAUUCUUGACCUACUUCAACAAGCCAUUUGAAGUCGGGGAUGUGAUUGCUUAUAAGCUAAAAGAUAAGGAAAUCCCAAUUGUGCAUAGAGUAUUACAAAUUCAUAAGAAGUAAGAAUUCAGAUAGUAUAGUGAAUAGGAAUGAGGAUCCUUUGGAUUAGUUGAUAUUAACCAAAGGAGAUAAUAAUCAAGUUGAUGAUAGACACUUAUAUCCAAAAGAUCAGAUGUGGCUGGAGCGAUCAGACAUAAUGGGGAAGAUAGAAGGGUUCAGAUUGGUUACUUAUUUUUUAGAUUUUUGCCAUAUGUUGGAUACAUCACUAUAUAUCUGAACGACUAUCCUUAUUUCAAAUUGGUGAUGAUUGGUUUGAUGAGUUUGUUUGUGUUAACAGGGAAAGAUCCAUAAAGUUGA